AUGGGUCGGCGGUCCAAGCAAACGUCUUGCUUCGCGUGCGUCGAGACCAAGCGUCGAUGUGACAAGAGACUCCCAUCGUGCUCGCGCUGUCUAGAUAGGGACAUGGUCUGCACAUAUCCACCUCUCCCGCCCAGCUGCCGACGUCCGCCGCCGGACCCUACCACCAUCGACACUGCUCCUGACGAUGGAUUCAGUGGUGUGUGGGCCCCCACUGGCUUCGAUGGCGAUGCAGGCAGUGACAAUCACGUCGGGCUUGUCCCGGAUUCGGCGCUGCUUGACUCGGCGUUGGCUGCAAGUCUGAUGUGCCCAUCUUUUAACUUUUUGCCAACACCAUCCUCGAGUACGAUGAUCGAUCCCCCCGCCUCUGUCCAGCUGACGAGGAGAUUUGGGGACUUGGAUUGGUUCCUCCAGCCUCAAGCUUGGACAGUAGCGUUCCAUUACAAACCGCCAGAUGCAAUACCCCCAGCUUCUGUCUUCUCAAACUUCAUCCGGGGCCUACAAGACUGGUUAUCACGCUUUGUCCGCAACGGCCACAACCCCUUCAUCCAUCGCCAUCUUUAUUCUGAGUCAGGCUACCCGCAGUGUAUACAAGAUGCAUACUCUGCUAUUGCCAUUUCAAACGCCGCCACUGCCCAGAACGAGAACAUCAUCGGUGCAAUCUCGUCCGCUCACAUCUCCAAUCUGCUCAACCCGGAGUCAGCUUCAAGCUCCAUGUCCUUCAACACACCCUCAGCUAGAGAUCAUCUCGCCCGCACACAAGCCCUUCUCAUCCACAUCCUUCUUGCACUAUUUUCCUCCUCUAUUCAACGUCGGGCUAGAGCCGAGAGUUUAAUGAGUACGCUUCAUGUCUGGAACACUCAGCUAUGGGAAUCUGUAAACCAAGAUACAACAUUCGCCCCUCUAUUGCGAAACAUUACCCCAGCAUACGGUGGAACUCAUAUCGGAGACGUCGAUCCCGUCCCAGCCCUAUACCGAGCCUUUGUCCUCUCCGAGUCCAUCCGUCGAACCUGGCUACUUUGCAACCUUGCCACGGGUGUCUACAACAGUCUCAGAGGCGAAUUCGCCGAGGGGUGCGGGGGCGAUAUUCAGAUCACGACUCAUGCAAAAUUGUGGGAGGCGCCCUCUUCAGCGCGUUGGGAGGCCGUUGCUCGCCACACUGACCCGUUGUUCAUCUAUAGUCUCCACGGCCCGUCACUUCUCGAGCGCGGUGUCGGUGCUGCCCAGGUGGACGAGUUUGCGCGACAUUUGUUUACAGUCAUGUGGGGGAUGGAGAAAGUGGAGAGUUGGGUGGUGAGAACAGGGGAUGAAGUUUCGGUGGUGUAUUAA